GAGAAGGCGGGUGCAAAGUGCCGCUUGGACGCUCGGAAACCCCGCGUGACCCACCUUCUCCAAGCCCAUUGGUUGAUGCGGACGAUGAGUGACAGGGAGGCGUGGUCGUGCUGUCGCGAGGCCGGAGCGAUGGGUGGAGUUAACGACUGGAGCUGCGCGCGCAGCCACGACCCCUCUCGGCGGCCUAUCGGAGGGAGGGGCGGGACCGCUGUAGCUUGGUGCGUGCGCAGCCGGACGCGAGGCGGUCGGAGUGUCUCUGUCGUGGAUUUCUAGUUAGCUGAAGCAGCCGUUUAACCCCAACCCUGGACCCUUCCGACUUUAAGCCCACCCCGCUCCGGGUGCCCCGGACCUUAGGGUUCAGGAGCAACGGCCGUUCCCCAUGAUUGAUGAGAGUGAUGAUGCCAGCGAGGAGACCUUGACCUCUGACAUUCAGAAACUGAAGGAGAAGCAGGAGAUGCUGGACAAGGAGAUCUCCCAGUUAAUAGCAGAGGGCUACCGUGUGAUUGAACUGGAGCAGCACAUUUCCCUCCUCCAUGAGUACAAUGACAUCAAGGAUGUAUCACAGAUGCUGCUGGGCAAGCUGGGAUCUCAAGCACAGGUCCUACUUGGGAGCGAUUUUGAACAGGACUUACCCACCUUCGAGAUUGCAGUAAUGGUUCCUGUUCUUCCAUGGCCUGCAGAGACAUUGAGAUACCAUGGUUACCUCUAAUGACCGACUUGGCUUAAGUAGCAGCAAGGACCAGGCUGUGACUCGAGGCGUUACCACCAAGGAGUUAUAUCCAGAUUUUGAUCUAAACCUGAAUGACUGAGCAGCUUCUUGGAGAUUUUCAUCUACAGCCCACAGGGACAGGAGGAUGGGGGCAUAAAAGUCAGAGUCCAGACAGCAUAUUCAUGUGAUUUUCAGAUUUUAAAAAAUGCCCCCCAAAGUUUGGGGUGGGUCCUAGAGAAGAGGGGUAUUAGGAGGGGUGGGUAUUGUCAAUGUUAAGGUUCCAAAACAUACUUGGGAGUGGAUAUGUGUGGUUGUCCCUUUUGUUAAUAAACAUGAGCAGUCUCUA